AUGGCAUCACUACUAUCAAACACAACAAUUGCAAGGGGAAGAGAAGAAGUUUAUGUGGCAGCAAUGCCUCUAAGGGCUACAAAGGGACCACCCCAAUUGCUUAUGUCUGCUGCUUACUCCCUUAAUUUAUGGGAUUUUCAGCAUUUCAUGGUCAUCAUCAAACCUUCUUCACCUUCACAGAUUCUGGUUUUUGAUUUUCAACCAAAAGAUCCUGAAGAUAUAUAUGUAGCACUAGCAGCUUUAUUUGGAAGAGCUGUGCCAGGAGCUGUUCUUGUGAGAAAGUUAAAUAAGCUGCCGCGAAGCAAAUGCUGGCUAGUUGGAUAUGCAGAAACAGAUGCAAUGGAAAUAGCAAAUGAAUUCAACAGAAAAUGGGAAACAGAUUUGAGAAUCGGUCUUAAAGAUUGUCGCGAUUAUACAAAUGGUUUGGUAAAGCAACUCACUGGCGAAAAAGAUGUGCUGAAACGUUUGAGAAACCUUGGUAGAUAG